AGUAGUAACUCAUAGAGCGAGAAGAAAGAUAAAAAGAACCGACGUCUAAGAUCAAGACAAGGCAAUCAUGCUUCCCAUCCUCCUCCUCCUCCUCCUCCCCUCCUCUCAUGCCGCAGACUUCUGCGUCGCAGACCUCACGGGCCGCCUGACACCCUCCGGCUACGAGUGCAAGAUGGAGUCUUCCGUCACCACCAACGACUUCGUCUUCUCCGGCCUCGGCGUCCCCGGCAACACCUCCAACAUUAUCAAGGCCGCAGUCACCCCCGCCUUCGUCGCCCAAUUCCCGGGUGUCAACGGUCUCGGCAUCUCCGCCGCUCGCCUCGACCUUAAUCCAGGGGGUGUCAUCCCCCUCCACACCCACCCUGCCGCCUCUGAGUUCCUUGUGGUCACCCAGGGCACCAUCUGCGGCGGCUUCAUCUCCACCGCCAAUAACGUCUACCUUAAGACCCUCAAAACCGGCGACUCCAUGGUCUUCCCCCAAGGGCUAUUGCACUUCCAAGUGAAUUGUGGUGGGUCGACGACGGCUGUGGCCAUUGUGAGCUUCAGUAGCCCGAGCCCAGGGCUCCAGAUAACAGCAUUCGCGCUCUUUGCGAACAAUUUGCCGUCGGCAUUGGUGGAGAUGGUUACCUUCCUCGACGAUGCUGAAGUGAAGAAACUCAAGAAGUUGCUUGGAGGGACCGGGUAAUUAAGGGAGCGAGCUUGGUUGCCUUCAGGGAGUUGAUUUGAUGUGAGUUCUUUGAGGGUUUUAUGUCUGCGUGUAUGCUUGGUGUUAAUGUUGGUUGUGUUUCGUUUGUUGUGGGCAAAUGGUGUGGUGUAUGGAGUCUUGCUUUGGGUGAAGCAUUAUGAGGUGACAAAAUUAAUCUAAUAUCACUUGGCCUGGAAGUAGGAUUUGUCA